AUGCUCGCCAACAAAGGGGCCCUGUCCCUCUCUCUUUUCUCGUCCUUUGUUUUUUCCACACAGAUACCAUACAGUGAAUAUAUUCUCGCCCCUUCAUCACGUCUUCUCACAGCCGGGGAGAUCUACAUGAUCAAUGGCACUGUGCAAAAUGCAGCGUGUUUGACUAGCGAUGGUAGCGCUUGUGGAGGAGCAGUUUUCGUUGGCGUCAACUCAUCCGUUACUCUGGACUUUGGCAAAAAUAUCGCUGGCACAGUGCAAUUCAAUGUUGAUUCCGUGAAUGGCUCCAAUGAGUUCCUGGGAUUUUCGUUCACUGAAAGUUCUGAGUGGAUUAGUCCAUAUGAAUGUGAUGCCACGCAGAACUCUGGGCGCGAUGCUCCCCUAUGGUUCCCCAUCGGUUCAUCAGGGUCAUAUGGUGCAGAUAAAUAUCACCAGAGAGGAGGAUUCCGUUACAUGAGCGUGUGGCAUAACUCCUCCGGAACGCUUAGUUUGUCCGAUCUAAAAGUUAAUUGGACAGCUUCACCAAGCGCAGAAGAUCCGAAGUCCUAUUUGGGCUAUUUUCAUAGCAGUAGCGAGAAAUUGAACCGGGUUUGGUACGCUGGUGCUUACACGAACCAGCUCUGUACGAUUAGCACGGACACAGGCAGCGCGCUGAGCUUAUCUCUUGAUGACUGGUAUUAUAAUGCUACUCUUACUAAUGGAGCUGAAACCUUGGUGGAUGGCGCCAAACGAGACCGUCUAAUUUGGCCGGGGGACGUCGUUAUCUCACAGCCCUCUUUGUUUGUCUCUACGAACUCUCUCGAUUCUACUAAGACGGCCAUCGAUGCAUUGCUUGCGAAUCAGCAAUCAAACGGUCAACUUCCAUAUUACGUGGGGCCACCGAUAGACCUAGGCUCUUCCUUUACGUGGAGCUUCACUUACCAUCUCCAUUCAUUGAAUGAUAUUCACGAUUAUUAUAUAUACACUGGGGAUAUUGAUUACCUCAAGUCUGUUUGGUCUAAUUACACCCUUGGUAUGAACUACAUCGUGGGAACAGUCGACAACUCUGGAUUAGCAAAUGUGACGAGUUCCAAUGACUGGCUGCGAUCUGGGAUGGGCGGGCACAAUAUUGAGGCAAACGCGAUAUUCUAUUACAACCUUGGUCUUGGUGUGCGGCUUGCACUGGCCGUCGGCGACACGACUUAUGUGCAGAAUUGGACAACCACAGCUAGCACCAUCCAGAGCGCAGCCAAUUCCCUCCUCUGGGAUUCUUCCCAGAAUCUAUUCAAAGACAAUGAAGAGUCCACACUAUAUCCGCAAGAUGGUAACUCAUGGGCCGUCUUUUCUGGCCUUGUCAGCUCUGCUUCUCAGGCAUCUUCUAUUAGCGAUUCUUUAAUGGCUCGCUGGAAUGAAUAUGGCGCACCUGCCCCGGAAGCUGGAGCGACGGUCUCACCGUUUUCAUCUAGCUUCGAGUUGAAAGCACAUUAUGCUGCUGGACAUGCAGAUCGGGCAGUCAACCUCACGGAAUUUAUGUGGCAUGACUUCAUGUUAGAGGACCCUCGCAUGACUAACAGUUCAUUCAUUGAAGGCUAUUCAACCAAUGGGAGUCUGCAUUAUGAACCUUACAGUAAUGAUCCGCGGGUCAGUCAUGCUCAUGGCUGGUCUACUGGUCCGACAUCUAUAUUGACCUUCAAUGGAGCCGGAAUUCAAUUAACAAGUGGUGGAGGACAGAAUUGGACAAUAGUGCCAUCCCUGGGCGGCUUGAGCAGUAUUGAGGCUGGCUUCGAGAGUCCACUGGGAAUAUUUUCGGCAUCAUGGACACAGAACUCAGGGGGACUAGACGGCGAUUUUGAAACCCCACAGGGAUCAACCGGUACACUUGUCUUGCCGGCGAGUCAAGGCAAUACUGUAACCAUAAGUGGACCUGGAGGUAAUACAGUUCAAGGCCCAUCUUUUAAUGGGAGUACUGUGACUGUGAAUAACCUGACUGGAGGUAAUUACACUGUUCGUUGGAGCAGUUAA